AUGGCAACAGUAGAUAUUGGAAAAAUUGGGGCGAUUGGGAAGGUGUUGAAUGAUGAAAAUCGACCAUUGAAAGAGAGGUUUAGAGCUUUAUUUACGUUGAAGAACAUUGGGGGAGCAGAGGCAAUUGAGUGGAUCAAGAAAGGCUUUGAAGAUCCUUCUGCGUUGUUGAAGCACGAGCUGGCGUAUUGUUUAGGACAGAUGCAGGACCCUAAGGCCAUUCCCGUGUUAAUUGAAGUAUUGAAGGACAUUAACCAGGAGCCGAUGGUCCGUCACGAAGCUGGAGAAGCCCUCGGGGCCAUUGCUGACUCGAAAGUUAUUCCCAUCCUCGAGGAAUACAGUAAAGACCCUGUAAUUGAAGUGGCAGAGACCUGUCAACUAGCCCUGAAGAGAAUAAACUGGCUGAAGGAGGAUAAAAAGGAGACCGAGGGUCUGUCAGAGAAUCCAUACGCUUCAGUGGACCCAGCUCCUCCUUGUCCCAUUACAGACGUUGAGGAGUUGAAGAAAAUUUUACUUAACGAAGAGGCUUCUCUGUUUGAAAGAUAUAGAGCAAUGUUUUCGCUGAGGAACUUGAGGACUCCAGAGAGUGUAUUGGCCCUUGGAGAAGGCCUCCGAGCAGGAAGUGCUCUAUUCAGGCACGAAGUUGCCUUCGUCCUCGGCCAACUUCAGGAAGAAAUCUCCGUUCCCUUCCUCCAGGCGUCCUUAGAAGAUCCACAGGAGAAUGAGAUGGUCAGGCACGAAUGUGCCGAAGCUCUGGGCUCAAUAGCUCACCCUGAUUGCGAAAAAAUUCUUAAUGAGUACGUCAAGGAUCCCAAACGAGUCGUCAGAGAGAGCUGCGUCAUUGCCCUGGACAUGUGCGAGUACGAGAACAGUCCGGAGUUUCAAUAUGCCGAUACAUUGAAUAAAGUUUCUGUUAAUUAAUGUACAAGAGCUGGGAUGAAUAUUCACAUGUUUAUAAUUAAUAAAAUGUUUAUUUAAGUAAUGAGA